UACGAAGUGGUUCGAGUCAGCACGAUUCAAUAUGGCAGCGCCCAUGAACAAAUGACAACAAGUUUGACAUUGAUAUGAUUAUUACAUUUUACGAAGCUGUAAAUUUAUACAAUUAAAGGAAAUUUAAGGCAGACAACAUAUCUCUACAAUGCCGAUAAGAAACCACUUCCCAAUAUUCCAUAAACUAAAGCAAGCAGCCUACACAUACGUUUGGACUGAUAAAUGUGAAAGAUUGCUGCCAAAGCACUACAAGGAACGAUGCCUGAACUUCAUGAUGAAAGACCCGGAGGCUGUGCACUGGAUUCCAGAUCCAAGGAAAUAUGAAUACAAUAAGGAUGGACUGUUGCAAAAGGUUCAGAACCACCCCAUCUUGGUGAAGUACCCGGUGCAGUGUAACCAAGGCCUGUGGGGUGGGGAGGGCGUGGUACAGUGCUUCACCAAGCCCAUCACGGGCCGCAGGAACAGGGACGAUAACAUGUGCAGGAUGCCCAAGUUCUAUGCACCUGUUCUGACCGAGAGGAAGUUGUACAGCGAGAUCCUUGACAAAUGGUUUGAAAUCCCGUGCACGAACCGCGCCAUGGACCUUAUAGACGAUGCUUUCGGACUGGAUUAUUAUGUUCUACAGACUCAUGAACGACAUCUAAACUCGAAGCUUGCCAUGGACCUGCGCCGUAAAAUGCUGAUCACUCUUGCCACCGAAUCUCAGCGGACCAAUCUGACGCUUGUGCGCCAGAAAAUCCUGAAGAGAUACGAGAAGUUCAUGAUCCCAUUGGAGGAGGCGGAAUGGGUGGGGUUGUCCAUACGUGAGGCACUAGAGAAGGCGGAGCAGGAGGAGGAGUCACGACGUGAUACUACGCCCCUCAAGUACCUGCUGGCCGACAAGUACAGACAGGAAUACAAAGAAUUCAAACUUCAAGGUCCCAAGCCCAUGGAAAAGAAACUCACACCAAGUAUCAGCCUUAAAGAUUUUGGAAGGGCUGUCAAGGAUUACAUCAAGUAACCAAUGGUGGAAGUCAUCUUCAGUGCUGAUGUACAGCUGCACUUUUUAUAACAUGGUUGUCUAAUAUCUUUAGAAACAGAUGAGAAACUCUGUUUUUGCAAUAUGAGUGGUUCCUUUUUUAUUGCUUAUGUCCUAAUGACUGAGAACAAAGUUUUUGUAUUUUUAAUGGAUGUUCAAAACUAAUAACAUACUGUACACAAAAACUUAUUUCAAAACUAAAACGUUUGAAUCAAUAAACGCAUGUUCAUUCGUAUUGUUCUCUUGAAUGCAAACUUUAGUUGAUUAAUCCACACGCCAUACAGGUAUAUGGCAUAGCAUUUAUCAUAUGUCAAUAAAACAAAGAAACUAAAAUACACGCAUAGCCGGUUUCAUAUGCAAGGGAGAGCAAUCUUGCUGCCACAAAUGUCAAUCAUGUACAGUGACAUCCCCUCUAUAUAUCGGUUUUUGUACAUCGAUUCUUCUUAGGACCCUUUUUGAGUAAAAGUUUACGACUUACCAUUUUGCAAUUUUAACCGAUAUCAUUUGCGCUUCAUCAAGUCCAUUAUACCGUUGUCUCAUCAUAUUGAUAAUAAACAUAUCAAAACUG